UCGGAUCUUGCAUUGACUGAAAAUGAUCUACCUGACAUCCAGGAAGCUUAAGGCUCUGAUGCUGAUCUUCUGCCUCGUUUCUUUUGCCAUGGUUUUAUUGCGAGCUCCUUCAUUUCUCCUCAGCCCAUUUCAGAACAUCAUCAAUGGACCAUGUGGGUGCCGUCCCUGUAUUUGGGACCCAGAGGAGGAGGACCCGUGGUUCAGUGAGAGGUUCAACCAAUCCAUUCAACCCCUGCUGUCCAGGUUGAACAGCGAGCUCAGUGAUGACACCUACAGGUGGUGGCUGUGGCUUCAGGCUGAGGACAACCCAUCUGAGCUGAGUGCAGUGAUGGACAGGUUAUUUCAGGUUGUCCCUGGGGAACAGCGCUACACUGACGCUGGACCUUCCCGAUGCCGUUCAUGCUCCGUGGUGGGAAACUCCGGAAAUCUCCUCUCAUCCUAUUACGGCAAACUGAUCGACUCCAGCAACUUCGUCAUCAGGAUAAACCAGGCUCCGACGCAGGGUUUUGAGCAUGAUGUGGGUUCCAGGACCACUCAUCACGUGAUGUAUCCCGAAAGUGCCAUCGACCUGCAGAACUCGAGCACCAUCAUGCUCCUCAUCCCAUUUAAAAUCCUGGACUUGGAGUGGCUCGUCAGCUCCCUGACCUCCGGACACAUCAACCACACCUACAUGCCGGUGAGAUCACGGAUCUCUGCUAACAGACAUAAUGUGUUGGUGUAUAACCCCUUGUUUAUGAAGUAUGUGCAUGAGGUGUGGUUGGAGAGUCACGGCCGAUAUCCAUCCACCGGCUUCCUCUCCAUCAUCUUCGCUCUGCACAUCUGUGAUCAGGUGAAUGUCUUUGGCUUUGGUGCUGAUCAGGAGGGGAACUGGCACCACUACUGGGAGGAGAACCAGAUGAGUGGUGCAUUCAAGGAGACGGGCGUCCAUAACGCAGACUACGAGUACAAUAUCACACAGCUCCUUGCUCAGAAAGGCAAAAUCAGGAUGUUUAAAGGUGUCUAGUCUUCGUCCAGCUGGGUCGUGUGGUUACAGACGCAGGAGAAAUGACCUGGAGAAGGAGCUCCAUUCAGCACACGGUUUAUCCAAAGAUCCGAGAUCAGAGCUGAGCAAAUGAUGGGGAAGGGUUUUGCUCAGUGGUCCUCUGUUCUGUUGCAGUGCUGAGAUUCAAACUCAUAACCUCCUGGGCUCUAACAAAUAAUCUUAUCUGGCACUGUCGCUUAUUUUAUGGUACUUCUUGUUUGGUUUUGUCUCGCUGACUUGCAGGUUCUCGGAGUGUGAAUGUGAAGAAACGCAGCUUUAAUGUGUCAGACCACAGAGUGCUGGACUGCACCAGAGAGAGAGAGAGAGAGGUUUGGAGUGUGAUAUAGCAAAGUUUUCAGGCUCCUCUUUUCCUAAGUGCCUUCACUGACACUGUUUUAUAAAUCUGAUUUUUUACACGCCCUAAAUUAUAAAGUAUUGGAUAAAAAUGAAGCUUUGGUUUGCAGAACUGUGAGAAUGUAAGCUCUUUACUCGUUUGUAC